AUGUUCACAGUUCAACUGAAGUUCACUCACCAUCACCUCCAGAAUCCUCUGUCAUUUAUUCUACGAGCUGCUCAGAUAUACCCCGAUAAAAUUUCUCUCAUUCACACCGACGUCACUAACCCUGUUGUCUACACUUUUGGGAUCUGGGCACAACGUAUCCAGAAUCUUGCAUAUGCUUUGAUUGAAGCCGGUAUUCGACCGGGUGAUCGUGUUGCAGUCAUUGCACCGAACUCUCCCCUUAUAGCAGAUGCUCACCAUGCCAUUAUUGCGGCAAGGGCCAUAAUAACACCCAUCAACACGCGGCUUAAGCCCCAGGAAGUCACGUACAUUCUCGAGCACAGCGGCAGUCGCCUCAUCCUCGUUGACUACGAGUAUGCCCACCUUGCUCAAAGCAACAAGAUUCCAGUCAUCAUCUCGAAUGACACAGGCAGAGACGGUGACCCCUAUGAAUCCUUCUUGACUGACGGACGGCGUUUCAGUGAAGAAAAGGGAUGGGCGGGUCUGGAUGCCGAGCCUGACGAGAAUGCUGCUGCUGUUCUAUGUUACACAUCUGGCACGACGGGAAGGCCUAAAGGUGUUGUUACGACACUGAGAGGAUCAUACCUUGCUGCCAUUGCAAACGCAUUUGAAGCUCAGAUGAACCAAGAUUCAACAUACUUAUGGAUACUUCCAAUGUUCCAUGCAGCUGGUUGGACAUUUCCCUGGGCCAAUGUUUUCGCAUUCGCCACUCAGGUAACACUGAGAACGGUAGAUUACUCUUACAUCUGGAAUCAUCUCCUUCAUUCCGCGGUCACACAUUAUUGUGGUGCUCCCACUGUCCAGAUCGGAAUUUAUAACCACCCGCUGGCUCGGAGACUACCUAAGCCGGUGACCGCUAUCAUAGCUGGGGCUGCACCCACUCCACAUUUGAUUUCUGAACUUGAGAAAAAAGGAAUCAAGCCAGUUCACGUCUACGGCUUGACCGAGACUUAUGGACCAUUUACGCGAAAUUACGAGCAAGCUAGUUGGGCGGCAAUGUCUCUUGAAGACCGCGCCCGUUUAAUGGCGAGGCAAGGUCACGCGUUCGCAACAGCCGGAGAAGUUCGUGUCGUCUACGUUCAUGGAGAGAAUGAAGAUAGACCGUUGAAAGAUGUUCCUCGUGAUGGUAAAACUCUUGGAGAAAUUGUUACUAGAGGCAACAUCGUCAUGAAAGAGUAUUUCCGUGAUCCUGAAGCGACGAAGAAGGCGUUUCGUGGUGGUAGUUUUCGAAGUGGGGAUCUAGCAGUAAUGCAUCCAGAUGGUUCCGUGGCUAUCAUGGACCGAAGCAAAGACAUAAUCAUUUCUGGCGGAGAGAAUGCAUCCAGUUUGGCGAUAGAGCAAGAAUUGGCGAGCCACCCCCAUGUUUUGGAAGUUAGCGUUGUGGCUCGCGAACAUCCAAAGUGGGGUGAAAGACCAAUGGCAUUUGUGAUUCUCCACCCACAACAUGCGUCGCACUGGCAUGGUCGUCAUCACGAAUUUGAGCGUGAUCUCAAACAACAUGCUAAGCCACGACUACCAGGGUUUGCUUGUCCCGAAUGGGUAGAGGUUGUACCAGAGUUACCAAAGACAUCCACAGGGAAGAUCUUGAAGACCGAGCUGAGAAAGGUUGUUGCGAAGCUCUAA